AUGAAACCCGAUCAUUUCACUUUUUACAUUUCCGCAGCAGCCGGACUGCUUGCCGGCUCGGCCCUGGCCAAAAUAAUCCAGAUACCUCCAACAGAUGUCGUUGUUCGAGCCCUGCCCAAUGCUCCUGAUGGCUAUACUCCCGCGAACGUUCCUUGCCCUCCAGAUCGCCCCAGCGUUCGCAGCGCAGCCACCAUCUCUCACAACGAAUCUGACUGGUUAAAAAACAGGAGGAAGAAGACAACAGCUGCCCUGACGGACUUCUUCGGUCGCGUCUCUAUCGCCAAUUUUGAUGCCGCAGAAUAUAUUAGAAAUCAUGCGGACAAUACUUCAGCGCUCCCGAACAUUGGAAUCGCCAUCUCUGGUGGAGGCUACAGGGCGUUGAUGAAUGGCGCCGGUGUAGUGCAGGCGUUUGAUUCUCGAACUGCUGGAUCGACAGAUCAGGGCCGGCUUGGUGGCCUUUUGCAGUCCGCGACGUACCUGUCUGGCUUGAGUGGAGGUGGGUGGAUGGUUGGUUCGUUGUACUUAAACAACGAUACAACCGUAUCCGCAUUGGCUGGUGGUCAAGAAGGUUCAGCAUGGGAUUUCACCCGUUCCAUCCUGGAGGGUCCGUCGGAUGGUGGAUUGGCUAUUUUGGAUACUAUCGAAUACUACAGGCAGAUCGAGCGUGCCGUGAAUGGAAAAAGAGACGCUGGGUAUGAUGUUUCUAUCACGGAUUACUGGGGCCGGGCUCUCUCGUAUCAGUUGAUUGAUGCACCGCAAGGCGGCCCUUCAUACACGUGGUCCUCGAUCUCACUGAGCCCGAGUCUUCAAAAUGGUGAUAUGCCGAUGCCAAUCCUUGUUGCCGAUGGCAGAAACCCAGGGGAGAAACUUAUCGGUGGGAAUGCCACGGUGUUUGAAUUUAACCCCUGGGAGUUUGGAACGUUUGAUCCCACUAUAUUUGGUUUUGUUCCUGUUGAAUAUCUUGGUUCGAGAUUCCAGGCUGGCACUCUUCCCAGCAAUGAAACGUGCGUUCGCGGGUUCGAUAACGCCGGAUACAUCAUGGGCACAUCUUCGUCGCUCUUCAACCAGUUCUCUCUUCAUUUGGAUACGGUUGAUAUUCCGAAUUUUAUUAAAGACGAGAUUAGGAAACUUUUGGAAAGAAUUGGUGACGAGAAUAACGAUAUCGCAGAGUACCGACCCAACCCGUUCUAUCACUACUCAAACGACACCUCUCCGUUUGCCAAUGUUGUAUCGCUCCCUUUAGUUGACGGCGGAGAGGAUCUGCAGAACAUCCCUCUUCACCCGCUAAUUCAACCAGAGAGGCACGUAGACGUGAUCUUCGCGGUUGACUCUUCCGCGGACACCGAGUACAACUGGCCUAACGGAACUGCUCUGGUCGCUACCUAUGAACGGAGUAUGGACCCAGCUGGGCUUGCUAAUCAGACUUCAUUUCCCGCGAUCCCGGACCAAAAUACAUUUGUCAAUCUCGGCCUGAAUACCAGGCCAACCUUCUUCGGCUGCAAUAGUUCCAACACCACUGGUCCCACCCCGCUAGUCGUCUACAUUCCAAACUAUCCUUACAGCGCCUUUUCCAAUGUCUCCACUUUCACCAUGGAAUACACAGACAACGAGCGCGACGGGAUCAUCAGGAACGGCUAUAACGUUGGCACCAUGGGCAACGCAACACGGCAGAAGGAUUGGCCGACAUGUGUCGGAUGUGCUAUUCUAAGCCGAUCGUUUGAGCGCACGGGAACUUCGGUUCCUGAUGCCUGCCAGCAGUGCUUCCGGAACCAUUGCUGGGAUGGAACGCUCAAUAGCACUACCCCGAACACGUAUGCCCCCAAUGUUAGCAUGUCAGAUGUGGGAGCGAAAAACGCGGCUCCCGGGAUGCAUACUUCAAGUAAGCAAAGUAUCGUUGCUGCGUCUGUGGCCAUUUUGGUCGCCGUCAUGUUCUGGUGA